GUGCUAGAGAAGGGAUCCCAAUGGCUUUGUUGGUGGCCGAGAUGGGAGGAAAGACCAAGGGACCAGCACAGAAGCUCUUCCCACUCUUCUUCUUCUUCUCCCUCCUAUUGGUUUUGUACGAGAUGCAGUCCCUUGACACAAAGGGCUCAGUGGUCAACACAGCAGCAGCAGCAGCAACAACAAGUAGUGGCACAUCAUCCAGUGGUGGUGGCGGACACGGCGGUUCAUCGUCCGGCGAAGCCGGCAACGGAGACUCAGGCAGCAGUGAUUCUGGUUCAGGUUAUGGAUCUGCAACAUAUCACCCGAGGAACGAUGGUGGGUAUCAUCACAAUCGUAGGAAGAAUGGUGGAAGCAGCUGCGGUGUUUCCCUCCACGCCAUGCUUGCUGCUUUUGCGUUCUUAGCUGCUGCUCUGACUCCCUGCGGAUAGAUGUUAAUCUCUCAUGGCAUACGGAUCCAAAGUGGUUGGCGUGUGCAGGGUUCCUCAUUACUAUAUAUAUAUGUGUGUGUGUGAUGUUGUGUGAAGGUGAAUGAGAAGAAAAGCUGAUAAGAAUAAAUACGAAGAAUAAG